UUAUUAUCGAGCAUUGCAUUGUGGGACGGCAAGAUGGAGUCUUCUUUGCGGGUCGUAGUUGUUAUUCCUUGGUGAAGUAGCGUUUCGCUGCUAUUGUAAACGCAUUACUGACCCGGUAACAGACUCAAAACACUCCCGUGUCUCAGGAGAGCAUGGGGUCUUGGUGCUUCUUCCGGGGUGCGCUCACCAGUUUCGGUGUGAAGCCCAGAGUUCCCCUCGCGUUGUUUGUGACGCCUCUCUCCAGAGAUGCAGCUCCAGCGGGGGUCCGGGUGAAGAGGUACAGCCAGGACACGGGUAAAGCUGUACGGGGGAAGUCUGUGUGCUAUCACCUACCUCAGAGGACCUUGCUAAAGAUUCAAGGCCGAGACACCAGUCCGUUUCUCCAGGGGCUAGUAACCAAUGACAUGAGGGUCCUGGAGGAGCCUGGACGUGCAGCCAUUUACUCACACAUGCUGAAUGUGCAAGGAAGGACGCUAUAUGACAUUAUGCUGUACAGUUUGACAGAAGAAGAAGGCGUAUAUGAUGUUCUCUUGGAGUGUGACAGCACAGUUACAGACUCAGUCUUGAAACACUUGAAGGUGUACAAGAUUCGGAGAAAGGUCAACAUCAGCCCGUGUCCAGAGCUCUCCGUGUGGGCGGUGCUUCCCCAGCAGAGCGAAUCAAAUCAAGAUCCUGGUAAACCUGAGAUUUCUGCCCCUGAUAAAGCUCUGGUAUGGGAGGCUGAUCCUCGAACACUUCAGAUGGGGUGGAGAUUAGUGUUACAGAGUGAUGUUGACCCCUUGGACAUCAUUGCAUCUUGUGAGAAAGGAGACACGGAGGACUACCACAGACAUCGCUAUUCAAUAGGAGUUCCCGAGGGAGUGAAAGACCUUCCUCCUGGAGUAGCACUACCACUAGAGUCAAACCUCGUCUACAUGCAGGGCAUCAGCUUCACCAAGGGCUGUUACAUUGGCCAGGAGCUGACGGCCAGGACUCAUCACACCGGGGUGAUCCGGAAACGCCUCAUGCCAGUGAGGUUUUCGUCUGCAGUCCAACAACUCAAGGAAGGAGCUCCAUUGCAGACGUCGUUGGGCAAGCCUGCUGGGAAGCACCGGGCAGCGUUUGGCAAACUGGGUCUGAGCCUAAUCCGCACGGAACAUGCCAAAGAAGUGUUGACGCUCAAGUCUUCUGACGACAACACAGUGACACUUAAAGCCUCGGUGCCAGACUGGUGGCCCCAGGAUGCGAAAAUUAAGUGAAGAGGAGAGUGUUCCAUAGCCCCUUGGAAUGUGACAUGCAUCACAUCUGACAGGUUUUUGACUGACAGAACACUGAAGUAAAGCGUGUUGCACCCCCGUUGCUUUAGUUUCUUUCCACAGCAAACACUGUGCUUUUCUUCACAGUUGCAUGAUAAAGUAAAUAACAAACAUGA